GUGCGGAGUGCUGCGGAGCGCUGUGCUGCGUGGGGCAGGUCCAACAAUAGAGAGCGGUUUGUACCAAAGCGGCGGAUAGAGGUGGAUUCACAUGGAUCUCCAGCACGAGCUUCUAGUAACUGACUGUACUCGAGAAGGCGGCUUCUUUACACGAGCCUGGCUGCUGUGUCGGGUGUGAAACGGGGCAUUUUGUACUGGCUGAUCUCUGUGGAUUCCUCUGUGUGUGUGUGUGCUCUGUGGUGAAUCCAGAGCCUGGAUCCUGGGAGCGCAUCUCUAACGGGAUCCACGAGCUCUGCUCCAGCGAUGGUAGCAUAACUGGGCAGUAUCGUGGAUUGGAGGACUGAUGUACUGAACUGAGAGGAAUACGGGAAUAUUAUCCACAGAGCGCGGAGGAGAGUGAUGGGAAAAUAAACUGCAACUUCUCAAUUACAGGUUUAGCAGUGUUAGGAGAGGAUGCCGCUGGUGAAGAGGAGUAUUGAGCCCAGGCACCUGUGCCACACAGCUCUGCCCUGCGGCAUCAAGAAUGAACUGGAGUGCGUCACCAACAUCUCACUGGCCAACGUCAUACGCCAGCUCAGUAGCCUCAGUAAGUAUGCAGAGGACUUGUUUGGAGAACUCUUUAAUGAAGCACAUUCCUUUUCCUUUCGAGUCAACUCCCUCCAGGAGCGAGUGGAUCGCCUCUCUAUAAGUGUGACACAGCUUGACCCCAAAGAGGAGGAGCUAUCUCUGCAGGACAUUACUAUGAGGAAGGCAUUCCGCAGCUCCACCAUUCAGGACCAGCAGCUGUUUGAACGUCAGUCUCUGCCGAUGCCGCUGCAGGAGACUUUUAACAUCUGCGAACAGCCGCCGCCCCUCAAUAUCCUCUCACCCUAUAGGGAUGAUGGGAAGCAGGCUCUGAAGUUCUACACUAACCCGUCCUACUUCUUCGACUUGUGGAGGGAGAAGAUGCUACAGGACACAGAGGACAAGAGGAAGGAGAAGAGGAAGCAGAAGCUCGAUGUGCCUUAUCUAACUUUGCCGCAGGGUUUUAUGGGUAGCCCCCAUGAACUCCUCCCAAUCAUGCCUGAGUUACAGGACCCCCACUUGUAUGAUCAGGUCUAUAAGUAUUUAGACCUCCCAGGGCAGCUAAAGCACAUAGAUCGUCCUGCAGAACCGGAGAAGGUUCCACGAGCUCCUCACGAUCGCAAGAAGGAGUGGCAGAAGCUGGCCUUGGGUGCAGAGCUUGCAGAGGAUGACAUAGAAGAUAAACUCAAAGACACUGCCAAUGGCUUGGCAUCCUACAAUGACCCCAGGCAAAUGUAUAUGGAUCAUCUGGAUGGUCCAUACUCUUUGGCCGCUCUGCCGUACUCUCAGAUGAACGAGCUGCUGAGUCGGACAGGAGACCGGAUGUACGGCCGGCCCCACGAGCCCCCACCACCCCCACCUUCAAACCAGGCAGACAUCAAACCAGCCUCUGCCAUCAGCUCCAGUUCAGGUUUCUCAGACAGUCGUCCUCAGUCUCCAGCUCGCACUCCUGUCUUCCUCAACCCCAAUGCCCCGCCCCCUCCUCCACCCCCAUUACCUCCGCCUCCUCCACCUCUCCCAUCCACCGUAUCCGGGUCCAGCAUGCGGGGCACACCACCUCCCCCUAUCCCGCCCCUGCCCUCACAGCAGCCCCCAGCUAUCCCACCCCCUCCGGCACCUCUUCAAAUCGCUCCAGGUGUGUUGCACCCCGCCCCUCCUCCUGUGGCCCCACCCCUUCACUCCUCUCCGGCCCGCCUCCAGCAGGAUAAGUCCCUGCCCCCUGGUGUGGGAGAUGGCACUGUUUUACCGCCUCCUCCACCACCUCCUCCUCUACCCCUCCCAGGAGCCAGGAGCUCCUCCCCUUGUUCAUCUGCAGGUCCGCACCCUGUGCCUUCCUUCCCUGGAGCAGUUUCUUCUCCGCCCACUCACUCGGGUCACGAGGCCAAGAGGUAUCCUGCCAAUUUGCCACCCAUCAGCGAUGCACGCAGUGUCCUAUUAGAAGCCAUUCGUAAAGGUAUCCAGCUGAGGAAGGUAGAGGAGCAAAGGGAACAGGAAGCCAAGCACGAGCGCGUGGGCAAUGAUGUAGCCACUAUCCUGUCUCGGCGCAUUGCUGUGGAGUACAGCGACUCAGAAGACGACUCUGAAUUCGAUGAGGUUGACUGGAUGGAGUGAGAGCGUGGAAUGUAUGUAGGACAGGAAAUGUUUAGGAGUGAAGGAGAAAGAAAUUCCCAUUUAACAAAUGUGUCUCAUUUAACUCUUUGUGCCCCUCCUCCAUGGUUCUCUGUGGUACAUUUCAGAAGACUUCCUGACUUCAGUUUUUUUUCUCCAGAAUGCUUCAAUCUUACAAUUGUUCUUUUUUGAGAACAUAAUGCAGUUUAUGUUGCGGUUCUCAUUUUUUUCAACUCUUCUUGUAGAAAAACGAGUGAAAGUAACAGCCGUUUUAACUGUAGCUCAUUUUAAAGGGGGACAACAGUGAUCCACUGUCUCAUUGUUUGUUUGUAUGAAGUGUUAUGUAAAGGGGCAAUGAAGAGCACCUUACUGAAGUCCUAGGCAAUGCUGCCACCUUUUGGUUAUGGAUAAAACUGAAGUGGCAUUUUUAUUUAGUUUUAUUUUAAAUCAUAAAGAAGACGUUUUACAUCUUAAAAAGGCCAGUAAAUCCCUGUCUGAAUCAAGGCACACAUCUUGAAAAAAAAAACAAUGUGAUGGUUCCUUUAUGAAUCAGACUCAUUUUUCAUAUUUCAUAUCAGUGAGGAAUAUGUGAUGUCAUGUCAUUGUAUGAUUGUAAUAAGAAAAAAGUGGUUAAGGUUCUUGUUAAUUGUAAUGAUUUGAAAAUGUAAAAAAUGGGGGCAUAAACUACUUAAGCAGGUGUUCAAAUGAACCUGUGCAGAGAGGCGUGAUCGCCGUGCUUUGACAGGGCUCUAGAUUCAGGUGGGUUCUAGCUAACCCAUGAAGGUGCAGGGAUCUUGCAAAAAAAACAUUUCAGCAGGAGGAACAGAUACAUCCUUCGAGCCCCAUUACUUUGUAAUAAUAAUAAGAAGCAUUGUGUGAUAAAACAAUUUUGAACAAAUCAGUUCAUUCUAACAUUCUAAUUUUCUCCUUUAUACGAUUUGAGUUUGUCGCCACUCGCCGGUCAUCAGCGAAUGAAUGACCUGCUAUCUACCUGUUCAUGUUCUAACUGAAAAAAAGACUUUGCUGUUCAUUUCUCUUUCUUCUGCCUUAUGGUUUGCAUAGACGUGUCGUUAAGUUGAUGAAUGUACUGUGCUGUUACUACUUUUUGCCUGCUUUCCUAAGCAAUAGCUGUUUCUCCGUUCCAGCCAGGAAAAAAAGACAAGGAAACAAAAAAAAAUCUGAUUUAAAGUGUAUACCUUGUAACUUACGUAACUGUUUAAUGUAACAGUUUGCUCGAAUUAAUAAAACCAAAUGUUAUGUUUAAA